GCGAGACGGGUUUCGUUUAAAAACAAAUUUGAAAACGAAUACUGAUUGAAUUUUUAUUUUUUUUGUGGGGUCAUACUUUGGCACCACAAGUUUUAAUUUAGAAAGUUAACGUGUAUAUUUUCACGGUUUAUUUUUUUAAAUGCCUGAAGUUCUCGCGCGCGAGGAGGACGUCGUGGCCGUGACAUUCCCGUCCGCGAGACGAUCUUCGGGUGAAAAGAUGCGGGACGCGUGCUACACCAACCACACGUUUGAAUACGAUGACGGGAGCACGCGCCGCACGCGCAUGAGCUCAAGAUGUGGCUCGACUCGCGGGGGCAGAGGGGUGGUCUUGAAUGUGCAGGACCUCGAGAUGAUCGCUGGAUCUGCAUCUGUUGUCCCCUCCCUUCAAACCCACUUCCGCUUCCAAGACCUGUUGCUAGGAGACCAGACAUUUCAGAAUGAUGACAGGGUUCAUGUGGAGUUUUAUGUGGAUGAAAACACAUUUAAAGAGAGACUUAAACUCUUCUUUAUUAAAAACCAAAGAUCCAGUUUAAGGAUCAGAAUAUUUAACUUCUGUCUGAAGCUUCUGACAUGCGUCCUCUACAUCAUUCGAGUAAUGACGGAUAAUCCGGGUCAACUCCGCAAUACAUGCAUCAACUGUAACAGCAGCACCACACUGACCAAUGACAUCAACUGGGAGCUGAUAUUCUGGGUAGAUAGAAAAGUACCCGUGUGGGCCAUUCAGGUGAUUGUGGCAUCCAUCAGUUUCAUGGAGGCCAUGUUGCUUACGUAUCUCAGCUAUAAGGGUAAUAUAUGGGAGCAGAUAUUUCAGGUGUCCUUUCUGUUGGAGAUGUUGAACACUGUUCCUUUCAUCAUAACGAUUUUCUGGCCUCCGCUCAGAAAUCUGUUUAUACCAGUUUUUCUCAACUGCUGGCUGGCCAAGUGUGCUCUGGAGGGUAUGAUAAAUGAUCUACACAGAGCAAUCCAGAGGACACACUCCGCCAUGUUUAACCAGGUCCUCAUUCUCAUCUGCACUCUCUUGUGUCUGGUUUUUACUGGCACAUGUGGGAUUCAGCAUUUAGAGCGAGCCGGUAAGAAGAGUCUGUCUCUCUUUAACGCGUUGUAUUUUUGCAUCGUGACCUUCUCUACGGUGGGCUUUGGUGAUGUGACGCCACAGAUCUGGCCAUCUCAGCUUCUGGUGGUGGUGAUGAUCUGUGUAGCUCUGGUUGUGCUCCCUCUACAGUUUGAGGAAUUGAUUUAUCUGUGGAUGGAAAGACAGAAGUCCGGAGGAAACUACAGCAGACAUCGGGCUCAGACAGAGAGGCAUGUGGUGUUGUGUGUGAGCACGCUGAAAAUCGACCUGCUCAUGGACUUUCUCAAUGAAUUCUAUGCUCACCCGCACACACAAGAUUAUUACGUGGUGAUCUUGUGUCCGUGUGAAGUGGAUGUUCAGGUGAGGAGGAUCCUGCAGAUUCCACUCUGGUCUCAAAGGGUCAUCUACCUGCAAGGCUCCGCUCUCAAAAACCAAGACCUGCUCAGAGCCAAGAUGGAUGAUGCAGAAGCAUGUUUUAUUCUGAGCAGCAGGAAUGAAGCUGAUCGCAUGGCUGCAGAUCAUCAGACCAUUCUUAGAGCCUGGGCUGUGAAGGACUUCGCUCCAAACUGUCCUCUCUGCGUCCAGAUCCUUAAACCUGAAAACAAGUUCCAUGUUAAAUUUGCAGAUCAUGUUGUGUGUGAGGAAGAGUUUAAAUACGCCAUGUUGGCUCUGAACUGUCUGUGUCCAGCCACUUCUACACUGAUCACUUUACUGGUUCACACAUCUCGCGGCCAAGAGGGGCAGCAGUCUCCAGAGCAGUGGCAGAGGAUGUACGGCCGUUGUUCUGGUAAUGAGGUGUAUCACAUCCGUCUGGGUGACAGUAUGUUCUUCAUGGAAUACAACAGCAAGAGUUUCACCUACGCAGCCUUCCAUGCUCACAAAAAGUAUGGUGUGUGUCUGAUCGGUGUUAAGAGAGAAGAUAACAAAAGCAUACUGUUGAACCCUGGACCACGCCACAUCUUGGCUGCCAGCGACACCUGUUACUACAUCAACAUCACCAAGGAAGAAAACUCCGCCUUCAUCUUCAGACAGGAAGCAGAUCAGGGAAAGGGGCGGGGCCACUGUGACAUUUUAAAUAGCCCGUCUGGUCUUCCUGUUCACAGCAUUAUUGCGAGCAUGGGAACGGUUGCCUUGGAUUUUCAAAACACAAGUCCCACUAAGAGCGCCGUCAAACUGGCCCCACCCUCAGAGAAAGAAGCAGGAAGUCGCCGCCCGAGCAUAGCUCCGGUACUGGAGAUUGCAGACUCCGCCUCCUUAUUGCCAUGUGACCUCCUCAGUGACCAAUCAGAGGAUGAGGCUGGACACUUGGACGAGGACGUAACGGCCAAUGAAUUUGUGAAAGGAUAUCCCCCGAACUCUCCUUAUAUCGGGAGUUCACCGACCCUCUGUCACCUGCUCCGCCAGAAAGCUCCGUUCUGCUGCCUGCGGCUCGACCAGGGCUGUGCGCAUGUCUGCUUUGAGGACGCAAAAGCGUACGGCUUCCACAACAAACUCAUAAUUGUUUCAGCCGAAACUGCAGGGAAUGGUCUUUACAACUUCAUAGUCCCUUUAAGAGCCUAUUACAGACCCCGCCGAGAACUCAACCCCAUAGUGCUGCUCUUAGACAACCUACCUGACGAUCACUUCCUGGAGGCCAUAUCCUGCUUCCCCAUGGUGUACUAUAUGGGUGGCACCAUUGACAAUUUGGACAGUCUGUUACAGUGUGGCGUUCUGUACGCUGAUAAUCUGGUGGUGGUGGAUAAGGAGAGCACGAUGAGCGCAGAAGAAGACUACAUGGCUGACGCCAAAACCAUCGUCAAUGUGCAGACCAUGUUCAGGUUGUUUCCGAGUCUGAGUAUAAUCACAGAACUGACUCACCCCUCAAACAUGAGAUUCAUGCAGUUCAGAGCGAAGGAUUGUUACUCUCUCGCUCUGUCCAAACUGGAGAAGAAGGAACGUGACAAAGGUUCAAAUCUCGCCUUCAUGUUCCGUCUCCCAUUCGCCGCCGGUCGAGUGUUUAGUAUCAGUAUGCUGGACACACUUCUGUAUCAGUGUUUUGUAAAGGACUACAUGAUCCCAAUAGCCAGACUUCUGCUCGGACUGGACACCACACCUGGAUCAGGAUACCUGUGUGCUAUGCGUGUUUGUGAAGCUGACCUCUGGAUCCGGACAUACGGAAGAUUAUUCCAGAAGUUCUGUUCAUCUAGCUCAGAGAUCCCCAUCGGAAUCUACCGCACAGAGUCACACUCUCCACCUGAGGGCUCCGUCAGCACGGAGGGUUUAAGCGACACCAGGGAGAAGGGGGAGGAGCCAAAGGUCCUCACCCGGAGUUCGUCCAGCAGUGACCAAUCAGAUCACCCGCUCAUGAGAAAGAAGAGCAUGCACUGGACGAGGCGUCUCAGUAGGCGGAGCGUGAAGAGGAGCGACUCCUCCCUCAGCUUCAUGCACCAGCGUAAGGGCGUGUCUCGCCGCUCAGAAAGGGAGGAGCUUACGGAACUCGUCAGGAACCGCAUGCAACACCUGGGGCUGCACACAGCCGGAUACAAAGAUGUCACCAAUCUAACCGCCAGUGAUGUUAUGAACAGAGUCAAUUUAGGCUAUUUGGAAGAUGAGCUGAACGACCAGCAGAACUCUAUUUCAUAUGUGCUCAUAAACCCCGCCCCUGACACAGUGCUGCAGCUCAACGAUGUUGUGUUUCUGAUUCGUCCGGAUCCGCUGGCUCACGUUCCUGAUGCUCCGCCCACACAGUCCCGCCGCUGCAGGUCCACGACAGACACACCAGAAGUUUAACAAGUGAAAAUAUGUCGAUUAGAUUAAAUACAGACGCUGUGAAUCAGGUAAACACUGAGAAUACCGCAGAACGGUGAUGUCUUAAUAUUUUUAAUUAAAUGUAGAACUUUGCACCAGCUCUUUAAACUCUUAUAUUCACUUGUUGUUUCAUAUUUUAGAUUUAUCUGUAAAUUUUGGUCUAAACACAGCACUUAAUACUAGAAAAUGUAUGGAAAAGUGGCUUUUAACUGUGAGGUUACAGUGUGUGAGAAAUUUUGUGCAAUGGUGUAAAAAAAUCAGGGAUUAUUUUAAACUGUGGAGUGUUGCUGUCUCACACAAGACAACAGGGGGCGCCAUCUGACGUCAUUGUGUUCUCUCCGUGCAGGUGGCUUCUAUCAAAACAAAUAAAUACAGUAAUCGGGUUGCAAAAAUAUUUAUAAUGUGCAUUUACAAGUUUUGUUUGGUUGCCAUGUGUUUUCCUUCUUGUUUAUAUAUUUGUUUCUGUUUUAAACAAACAUCUUAAAAUUCAUUUUCUUCUAUAUUUGAACUGUCUGAAUGUUACAUUAGAUUACAAAACAUAAAAGUAAGCAGCAUUUAUUUAAACAGAGGACAUGGUCACGUUUAAAACAAAGCAUUUCGAUAAAAAUAAGUGACAGAAAUAUAGAUAUGAUGUAAAAAUUGGAUCUUAUCUGAAGCAUACACGUUCACAGUUUCUUGGAAAAGGUUUUGUUAACUACAUCCUAAAGUUAAAAUAACUUCAUACAUUUGUCCUAAAUCUCAAAACGUAAGAUAUUUUAAACACUACAUUUUAAAGAUGAUACAUAUAGCCCCAAAGAUUAGUUUAUUAAUGAGGAAUUUCAUAUUCAUUUAAUAAUUAUCAAGCCCAACUUUCUGACUUUUUAAUUUGAUCUUAAUUAUUAGAUGAAUAAAGAGUUAUUUUACAUUUAUUCAAAGCGAUCAAAACAAUAAAGGAGUUUUUCAGACGUGAUGCAAAGUCAUUCGUGAGAAAUACUUCAUGAUCAUUUGUUUGCAGAUGACAUUUGCUUUUAUGUUGUGUUAUACAACGCAGUGACAUUCUAGCUGCAUACUAGUAACAAUAAAAAGUGGAAUGUGUUGUUAUUCUAAUUACCAUGUAAUUUAAUAGAAUGUCAUUUGUCAGAUAUUUUUGUGGAUCUUGUGCCUUUAAAAAUUAAAGUGUUUACAGCAUACAAUGUUUCUGUGUGUGUGUGUGUGUGUGUGUGAAUUUGUUCUUUUUUAUGGUUAUUAAAGAUGUAAAGGUGUGUCAGCUUGGAAAUAAAAGAUGACAUUGAAAAAGUGGG